AUGAACGACUUUGCAGCAUAUCAGGAGCACAGCCGUGAGCCACCACGACGUGAAGAGCCAGAAUGGGACAGCGACCGUUCGGUGAUCUUUAGGGAAACCGACAAUCCCAAUGGCAUCUUUACAUCAGCACCCAAGGAAGCCUUCAAGCUUGGGUACUUUGAUGUCAUGUGCCUGGUUCUCAACCGAAUGAUUGGCGUUCACGUCUACAUAGAAUACGGUCUCAAUGUUCCCCGCUACACCAUCAACGGUAUUGAACAGAGCGUACCUCGCAGCGGCGGUGACCUCAAUUACCUCCAAUAUGUCUAUCAAAAGCCCGCAUACAGAAGAGGCACUGUACUUUUGAGUACAUGCAUGUUCGGCUUCUGUUUCGUGGCUCUCGGAAACAUGGCAGGCAACUGUAUCAGCUUUGCUACAAGAGUGCUAUACGCAUCUGGCAAUACUGACCCAGCUCCUGGAGCAAUCAGGGGUAUUGCUAUCGGAAUAGCAAUCCUCACUUGCUUCAUUCAUACCUUCUCUCGACGAGCAGGCAUUCUUCUCAACAACAUGUUGGCAAUGAUCAAAGUCAUGAUCCUUCUGCUCAUCAUCGUGACAGCUAUUGUGGUUGGUGCCGGAGCUUUGAAGACUACCAAGGGUGAGAAGGUCAAGAACUACAUCUCGGAAAACACUCAGCCAUCUCGUGCCUUUGCAGACUCCGGUGAUGCCAAUGGCUUUGCUCACGCUUUCUUGGCCAUUAUCUUCAGCUUCUCUGGCUUCGAACAGCCCAACUACGUCAUGGGUGAGAUUAGCAGGCCAAGGCGAAAGCAUCCAAUCGCCAUGAUGCUUGGUGUCGGUAUUGCCAUUGUUCUUUACAUGGCCGUCAACAUCUCAUAUAUGGUCGUGGUCCCAGAAAAGGAUCAAAUAAGUACCAACGUAGCGCAAGAGUUCUUCGAAAGAACUCUCGGCUCCCUGACAGAAGAUGAGACUGGCCAGCGGAUCUUCAACGCUUUUCUUGCCAUAUCAAGCAUGGGAAACAUCAUCGUGAUGACCUACACUGCUGCACGGGUAAAGCAAGAGAUCGCCAAGGAAGGCAUCAUUCCUUACGCCAAGUUCUUUGCUCAAGACGGCGACAUCUCUUUGGGUCGAUUGCUAUCAUGGCUCAAGAAGAAGGGCAUGUUCAGUUCUCUUCUGAGCACACGUUGGCUCUCCCCCGAAGACCAUAGAGAGAGAACGCCUGUUGGUGCCUUCGUUCUGCACCUUACAUCCUGCUUCAUUCUUAUCUUUGCCACUUGGGGUAUGGACUACUUCAAUUCAUAUACUUUACUUACAAGUCUGAGCGCAUAUGUCAUCAAUGCCUUCUUUGGCAUCUUUCUCGGUCUCGGUAUCCUGAUCCUCCGAUUCAAGGGACCACCACAAACAGACAAGGACGAGAUUCAUAGUCCAGCAGCAGUCCCCCAGACUUGGCGACAGAUGACCGGCAAGCACAUCAGCCCAACACUCAGCGUUAUAUGCGCAGUUAUAUACGUAAUCGGUGGCCUGUGGCCCAUCGUCACUAUCUGGAUCAAGCCCUCAACACCACAAAGUCUCCAGUGGUGGCUUGUCCCUGUCAUCACAUGGUCUGUCAUUGGUGGAAGCAUUCUCUGGUUCCUCGGCUUCGUCUCUUUUGCUUGGCGCCGGAAACACAAGAGGAAUGAGAUCUUUGUCGUGGAGAAGAAGCCUGAGUUCGAAAGCGCCGAUGGCUCUGACGACUCGGGAGAGAAGUCGGGCGGUUAUGUGCUUGUACACGAGACAGUUUACCUGAGUUGGAUCGCAGGGGAAGUCCAUGAGUCAAGAGGAACUGGCCGGACGGGCUUUGACGAGCAGGCAGACACGAUACCGGUACCUGCGGCGAGCCGAUAUGCUGGCACUGACUUUGAAGCAUUUUAUCAGGACGACCACCAGGGUGCAGCAGCAACAAGAGGGUAUAAUACAGGAUAUAGGCCAUGA